UCUUAUUCGGUACUAAAGCGGGACUCGGACAACUCCAGUCCCAACCGGAGCCUAACUUCCGAAGAAGCCAAACAGACCCUAAAGUAUUUCCCUCCCUCUUAAACCCUGAUACCAUCUCGCAGUUCCACUUAAAGGCACCGGCGCCAAGGAGACCAAAGCGAAAACAACUAACAUUAAGUCAGAACGAUUACAAUGCGGACAGCAAGGCGGUGACUAUUCGAACGAGAAAGUUCGUGACCAACAGGCUCCUGUCCAGGAAACAACUCAAGGACUUCCAAAAAGCAAUCUCGUUUCUGCUUCGUCUACCAACUGAUCCAAGGCUUCCAAUGAAGAAGAAGAAAAGUCAUAGAGAGGCAGUGGAUGGAAUCCUUGUGAAGGCGGAGGACCAGAAUGAGCCCACCAUUGGAGAGAAGCUCGCAAGUCUGGAUCCGAUACAGAAUGAUAAGUCUAAGAGCGAUGAUUCCAAGAUUGAUGAUGCCAAGAGCAGUGAGAAACAACUGGAGUCUUCUUCUCAGCUUGUGCAGCCUCCGACUGCGGACUCGGUUCAGGUGUUGCUCAGGCAGGCGUUACGCGCCGAUGAUCGUACGCUUUUGUUGGAUUGCUUGUACAACCGAGACGAGAAGGUUAUUGCGAAGUCCGUUGCAUUGUUGAAUCUGGCGGAUGUUCUCAGGCUUUUGCAGUCUCUGGUAUCGAUUAUUCAGUUGAGAGGUGCGAUUUUGGCAUGUGCGCUGCCAUGGCUAAAAAGUGUACUUCUUCAACAUGCAAGUGGAAUAAUUUCCCAGGAAUCGUCUUUACUUGCCCUGAAUUCUUUAUUUCAGCUAAUCGAGUCUAGAGUUUCAACUUUUGAAUCAACUAUCCAAGUAUCCAGUUGCUUGGACAUCCUUUACACAGGGGUUGUGGAUGACGAGGCAGACAAAAAUACUUCAACCGUGCCAGUAAUCUACGAGGACAAGGAUGGAAGUGAUGAAGAGAUAUCUGGAGAUGCCAUGGAAACUGAUGGCGAAGAUGGCAAAGAUGAGCAAGCGUCAGAUGAUGAAUUUGAUGGUGUUAGUGACACUGAAGGAAGUGACGACAUCAUCGAUUGAUGCAAUUUGAGUUGUACUCGAGAAUUUUGGGCAAAAUAUGUACUUGGAUUGUAAUAGUCUUGGAUAUGGAAGUCAUAUAUUUUAUUGAAAAAUACUAUUUAUUAUAUUCAUCA